AUGUCUUUGCUGAAUCGUUUAGCCAGUCUCACGCCGGCUGUACCCCCAGGUGCUGCAUUGGCAGGUACUGUAACCUUACCAGCAUCUUUGGGAUUUGUACCCGUUGCUGUUCACUUUGAUUUAUUCGGGGCCUUGGUUCGUCAUGGGAGCCCUGCGACUGCAGAAGACAUUGCGCGUGUUGUGAAUAGCGCAGCCAGAACAGGUGGUGACGAUGUGUUACACAUAUCAACCCUGCUGGUCGCUGACACGCUGUACAUAAUGGCCGGUCUUGGUCUGGUGAAUCGCCUUGAUGAGGAUCGGUUUGUGGCAAAUGCCAUCACGCACCACAUGGUAGCGAUGCCGUCGGCACAACACGGAGCAGUCCAUUUCUGCACCGAAGGGUUACUGGCGGGGGCCUUCUUGAUGCAGAAGUUGAAAGACACCAACUUUGCCUACCCAUUUGCCGAAUGCGACGGCCCACUUCAAUACGCUUACCGACUCAUGGGCCAAGACCAUUUCGCUAAGCAGCACACGUACACAAUCAUGGAAGCCCAAGGCCGCAUGGACAGCUUCAACCAAUUCAUGGUAGGCAAGUUUUUUAAAGUCGGAACUUUCCCUGACCGCGUGACAGCUGCAGGGUACGACUUAGAAGCCGCACUUGGGAUCUCCGGCAGCUCAGCUGGGGACCAGGGUCUCCAUGGCGAUGAAGUCGCCAUGGUGGACAUUGGUGGAGGACGCGGUGAGCUGCUCCUUGAAGUUCAGGCCCGAUAUCCAAACCUUCAACCGUCGCAGCUCGUCGUGCAGGAAUUCAACGCAGCCAUUGACGAGGUCCCCGGUGUGCAUCUGAUGGAGUGGAACUACAAAGUUUCGGGAGAGCAGCCCGUACGCGGUGCUCGAGCGUACAGCCUGCAGCAUAUUCUGCAUAAUCUGCCAGACCUCGAUGCGGUGGCACUGGUCCAGAAACUUGCGCGGGCGAUGAGCCCAAAGUCACGGUUGUUGAUUAUCGAGUAUGCGAAGAAUCUGACUUACACCAACUUGCACGCAAGCAUGAUUGCUUUGUAUGGAGGCCGUGAGCGCAGUUCAGCGGAGUGGCAUCAAAUGGCGGGUAUCUGUGGUUUGAAAGUGACUUUUGAAAAGUACGAGACCGCGGGGGAAUCUUUGGUGGAGAUGCAACGAGAUUAG